UUGACAACUCCAAUUAGAAUCCGAGUCUAACAAUAAUUGGUGUCUGUGUUAUCUAAAAAUCGCGAGUCUUUCGCAAUAUUUCCCAUUUGCGCUUUGUGCAAACUUGUGAGACCGUCGUGAAUAUGUUUAUAAGUCUUUGAUUGUGCGGUGCGUGUUUUUCUUCAACGGAAUGAAAGUUAAUCUGCGGCGAAUUACCAGAAAACAGUUUCCAUGGAGGCCAACAGACAUUCUGACGAGACACCCGGGACAAGUGAUGAGGGUAUCCAUCCCUUCUCCCUCUACUACGGCGAUAGGACAGUUAAUGUCAUUACCGCAUGCCAAAUUGGUCCCAUAUCAAGGCUCUGCUGUUCUAACGAUGGAAUAGUUUUUAUACUCAAUAAAAGUUACGAUUUGUACAUGGGCUCAUACGACGGCUUUAACAAUUGCAUUUCGCUAGACAUAUUGAAAGAAGGUGUAGUCGACAUCGAUUUGCUCAACAACCUGCUCCACAUAGUCAAAGACAAUGGUUCCGUUUACAAGAUCAACAUAAGUACAAUCCCCAACAAUCAUUGGGAGGAAGUAACAUUCCCGAUCGAUAACGGCAACGAAAAGAUACGGAUCGCAAGAGUGAAAUCCAACACGAUCGGAACAAUUUUCAUAACAGAUAAUCAGGAAGCUUACGGAUAUGGAUGUUGCGGUGAAAUUUUAGAUUCUGACAAACCUAUAAAGCUGGAUUGCUUCAAAGGAAAGAGAAUCUUUGAUGUGAGCGCAGGUUUGGAUUUCUUUGUUUUCCUUGCCGGGGAUGAGAACCAGGAAGAUGACGAUAUGAAUGCGAGCACAACAUCGUUGUGCGAUUUAACAAGUUUGAAAAAUAAUCGCAGAAAGAGCGAUGAGUUUGUGGUGGUGUCAAGUGAUAGUACAGAAACACUGGAAAUGGACGUUCAUUUGAGUGACGCCGAAUCCGACCGGUCGGCAGUGAGUAGAACCAAUCAACACAAAGAUGAUCUUCAAAAGAGCAUCAAAUUGCUGAUCCAGAAAGGACGUUGUCUCGUUAACACUUCGGUACAUUCAUUCGGCGCUCGAAAUGGCGGCAUACUCGGAACAGGUGAUCAUAUCAAAAGGACCGGCAUCAAUUUCGUCCUCGGCUUAAACGGAAUUGGAGUUUGUUCAAUUUCCUGCGGAAGAGAUCAUUCUAUUGCCAGAACCAUCGACGGCCGACUAUUUCAAUGGGGAAUGAAUAAUCAUCAGCAAAUUCAACCAAAUGGAAAGGUUGCAGACCUUAGUGCUCCUAAGGAACUGAAAUUCGACGAGAAUUCCAAAUCCAAUGAUAUCUCCAUAUUGGAAGCAUGUUGUGGCGAGCUAACUACUUUCCUGCUCAACAAUGAAUUCUGCAUAACAGAAAUCAGCAAUAACCCAAUAACCCGUGAAUUUGUUCUGCGAAAUGUAGAAGGCUCGUUCCCUCUGAUUCUAACGUCCAAUCACUUUAUUGUGCAGAAUCACAAGACUUUUGCACGAGAGUAUGAAGUAUUUUUGACCUCCAUGCAAACAACCGUCAAGAAUAUGCUGCAUAAUAAAUUCCAGAUUGAAUUCCUCAAAUACAUUCCAAACUCAAGGCAGGGUAACGAUGAGCUGAUGGAAGAAGCGUACGAGCUCUACAGGCGUUACUUGAAAGUUACUUAUAUUUUGGUAUUGUGCUUGCAAACGGUCGACAGUUUUUAUCGCAAGGAUACCGAAUACAGCCAGUUACUUUUCGUUGAAUAUUCGAAGGAAGUUAUUCAAACUUACGUUGAAUACUCGGAACUUUACUGUGAUAUUAAGUCUAUUGAUGGUUUCCAGGAAAUUAAGAAAACAAUUAAUUGCGUCGAUAUCGGUCUGUAUCCAGACAGUGAAGAUGUCUUCUACCAACCAUUCCUGCAAAUAUCGAACAUAUUAAAGUUUCUGGAAUGUUUAGAAAAGCAAUAUGAACAGGACAAAUGUAUAACGGAGGCCUUAGAAGAGUGGCGUGUGCAUUUCAAUCGAACACAAAUUGAAAUUGAAUUAGCGGAAAACAGUAAUGAGUUUUGGCAACGUUCCCUAGGCAAUACCCAACUGAUGCGAUACAAACAACUGCAUCGUCGGGUUAUUCUCGAUUCAAAUCGAGUUCCGUUGAGACUCAGCACUAAUAAUAAGUUCACAACCAGCUCGUUUAUAUUAUUCUCUGAUUUCUUCUGUCAAUGCGGUGGAGGAUUCUACAUUUAUCCUCUGAGUACAAUGUGGAUACAAAUUGAAAACGAAGUAUCAAUGAAAGUUACAACGCCCGAGAAGCGAUUUACGUUAGUUGCUAAGAGCCAUGAGCAUAAGAAGCUGUGGUACGAUCAGUUUGAAAAGAGUAUAAAUGCAAUAUUGGAGAAACCAGUCACGGAUCGAAUGCCGAAACUGCGUUGUGCCGGGUACAAGUAUAGUGACAAACAUCCGAAGUAUGGAGACGUGUGGUGUUACGGACGUUGGAAGCUAGGAGAAAUGCAUGGAGUAUGUCAUUUAGAGUUUCCUGAUGGAAAAGUGUACUUUGGUGAGAUGCGGCACGGUGAUAUUGAAGGUUUCGGUAAAAUGCUACUACCCUCCGUUGGCAUGUAUGAAGGAUCGUUUCGUGGUGGAAAAUUUCAUGGCUACGGAAUAUAUGAAAUGCGAGACAAUGAAAUCUACGAAGGAAACUUUCGCGAUGGACUCUUCGAAGGACAUGGCACUUUACGAGGAAAUACAUACACUUAUGUAGGACAAUUCGCGAAAAAUGCCAAGCACGGUUACGGGAUACUGGACGAUGCAAUGAGCGGCGAUAAAUAUAUGGGAAUGUUUGUCGACAAUAAACGAUCUGGACCGGGAAUCUGUAUAACGAUGAAUGGCGAUUAUUUUGAAGGAAUUUAUCGAAAUGAUGUAUUGUCUGGGGAUGGAUUGGCAAUUUUUGAAAAUGGAAAUUACUACGAGGGAGAGUUGGGAAUGCAUGGUCCUAGUGGACAUGGAAAGUAUUAUAUUCCACAAACGGAAGUUCAAACGACAAAUGAAACGAAUGAUAGUACAAUUCACAUGAAAGGCAGUAUACUUGCGGGGACUUUGAGUGGAAACUGGGACGAAGUAAAAGUCACUAAUGGAACUGCUUCCUUGAAUCAAAUAUUUCUCAAGUACCCAGAUAACAUCGGCGAUCAUAUUAUAAGCAACUCCCGAAAGUGGCACACACUUUUCGAGAAUUGGGAAGAGGAAGUGUUCGGUGGCCUUCAUCUGGUCGACACGAAUCUAAUUUGGAACAAAAUUGCCGUCUACAUGAAAACCCUUGAAGAUAAAGAGAAAAUUCGUGAACAUGACUCGACAAAAGUAGGCAACUAUUUUGCCAAAAACAUUACAAUGCAAAUGAAUAUUUCUGAGAUAAGCCUAAAAAACUCAUUGAGUCUCGAUAAGAUCAGCUUACGUUCAACGAAUAGUCUGAAUAGCAGACGAAGCUCAUCGAUGCGAUUGAAUAAACGACGAAAGUCAUACAGUAAUGAGAUUUUAUUUGAUCGGGCCCGAUCUGGCAGUCGACGAUAUCGAAACGCAUCGAAGAACAGUUCAGUGUACAGUGCAGCAGCAAUGAAUUGGAAGAUCUUCUACGAUUCCAGUUUUCCAACCGAAUUUAAUGCUUUGGGGGAAUCGAAGAGCGGAAGUAGUGUUGAAAAUUUGCCACGUUUAGAAUUUAUUCCGCAUUUUGGUAUAAAGACUUUGAGCAGUCAAGAUUUGAAGUCCAUAAACGAGUAUUUGGGGAUGGCCUUCAAAGAUCGACGCCAUCCAUUGUAUAUUUUAAACCAGCGUAUUUCCAACUGCUUCUAUUUGUCAUAUGGCUGUUGGAAAGUCAAGCCGACACCAGUUCUAUCUAGUCAAGCAAUGGACGAAUGGGAGUUAAUUUCUAUGCAAAUGUAUCGUAUCAUACAAAAAAUGUUUCCUGCCUUAAGUCUAGUACAAACUGAUGAAGAGGGAAAAAGAAUAUCACAUAUCAGCCUCCUCUACCCAAUUGUAUUAUCCGAGGGAAUUUAUUCAACACUUUUUGUCCUUUAUGCCAACAAGUAUAGUCAACGAGACGAAUUGUAUCGACAGCGCCUGCUUUCAUGCGAGAAGAAAACGAACAAUGAUCUCAUAAGAUUUUUGAGUUUGGAAUUAUCAAUCGAAUCCACAAUAAACAACCCAAUAUUCAACGACGCCAUUGCUACCCUAAAAAUGGUCAAGGAGAAGUACUGCCCUCAUGCUAUGCUUGUAGUAAUAAAAAAAGCCAUGCAAUUAGUUGAGGAAGCUUACAGAAACUCGACUGAGGGAGCAAUUGCCCUUGGAGCUGAUAACAUCAUGCCGCUUGCAAUAAUCCUGGUUUUACGCGCCGAAGUUCCACAUUUAGGAGCCGAACUAGCUCUACUUGAAGACUUGUUAGGUUCCGAUUUUGAGAGUGUUAUGCUCGGAUUUUCUGGAUAUUGUUAUACCACAAUCAAGGCGACUUAUGAACACAUUAUAAGUGACAAGUUUUACCAUAAAUAAAGAGAAAUGGGGACUGUAAAAUAACAUUUUCUGAUACACAUUCCAUACAGCAAGAGAAACAAAUUUUAUUGAAAUGUUGCAUGACAUGCAUGCAACACAUUAUUGCAUUGAAAUCGAUGCGGAGUGUAAAGAGAUGAUUGGAGAGUACCUAACUGUUCUGUGCAAGUGGUAAUCUGUUUUAAUAUAUUAUUUAAUUUUAGGUAGUGCCCUCAGCAAUUAUGUAUUUAAAAUAUUUUUUUUUUUGUGUUCAAGUUUAUGUAUAUCCAAAUUGUUAUUGUUGUUGAAUAUUUUACUAAAAACCAAAGUGAUAAAAAAAAAUAUUAAAAAUCUUGCUAUCUCCCAACUGCAAACCACAUAAUAUUAUACUAAAAUUAAGACUAGAAGUUCAUAAAAUAUAUUUAACGAAUUUAUAGUGAACCCAAGAAA